AUGCCCGCGCGCUGCCGCGGCGUUCUCCCCCUCCCGCGGUGCAGCCAUGCCUCUGCUUGCCCUCUGCAGCGCCCCGGCACCCCGCCGGCCGGGCUUCAUGUGAGAAGAUGGCGAAACGCCGAGGUGAGCGUCCCUGUGGGCGAUGUGGUGGUUGUACCAAGUGACGGCAACGAAGGGGAGAACCCGGAGGAUACCAAGACCCAAGUGAUCCUGCAGCUCCAGCCGUGCAGCAGGGGAUUUACACAAGAGGGCUCGGAGGCCAGCGCCGCCGUGGUGGCCGUCGAAACGCCACACAUCCACAAGCUGGAAUAAGGGCUCGACCCCAAGCACCAUUGAAAAACAAACGGAGGAAAUCGCAGAUCGCCUGCCUACCCCAUCACCUGCGGGGAGAGCAAAGCCAUCCUGCUCUGGAAGAAGUUUGUCUGUCCGGGAAUUAAUGUCAAGUGUGUGAAGUUCAAUGACCAGCUGAUCAGCCCGAAGCAUUUUGUUCACCUGGCUGGGAAGUCAACCCUAAAGGACUGGAAGAGAGCCAUUCGCCUCGGAGGAAUCAUGCUGAGGAAGAUGAUGGACUCGGGGCAAAUCGACUUCUACCAGCACGACAAAGUUUGCACCAACACCUGCCGGAGCACCAAGUUCGACCUGCUGAUCAGCAGCGCCCGAGCGCCGGUGCCGGGCCAGCAGAGCGUGGUGCAGACUCCCACCUCCGCUGACGGGAGCAUCACCCAGAUCGCGCUGUCGGAGGAGAGCAUGGAGGAGGGGAUCGAGUGGAACUCGGCGCUGACAGCCGCCGUCACCAUGGCCACUGAGGAAGGCAUGAAAAAGGACACAGACGAGAUCUCGGAGGACACGCUGAUGUUCUGGAAGGGAAUCGCUGACGUGGGGCUGAUGGAGGAGGUUGUGUGCAACAUCCAGAAGGAGAUAGAAGAAGUGCUGAGAGGCGUCCAGCAGAGGCUGGGCCAGUCUCCCUUCCAAAUGACAGAUGCCGCGGUCUUGAACAACGUUGCUCACACAUUUGGCCUGAUGGACACAGUCAAGAAGGUUCUGGACAACAGGAAAAACCAGACGGAGCAAGGAGAAGAGCAGUUCCUUUACGCGCUGGCAGACCUGGAGCGGCAGCUGGAGGAGCAGAAGAAACUCGCCAAGGACCAGAAGGCGAAGUCCCAAACCAUCCAGAACGUGGUGCUGAUGCCCGUCAGCGCCCCCAAACCCCCCAAGAGACCCCGGCUGCAGCGCCCGGCCUCCGCCACCGUCCUCAGCCCCUCCACCCCCAUCCAGCAGCCUCAGUUCACCGUCAUCUCGCCCAUCGCUAUCGCGCCCGUCGGACAGCAGUUCUCCGUGGGCAACAUCCCGGUGGCCACCAUUAGCCAAGGCUCCAGCCCGGUGACCGUCCACACCUUGCCGUCCGGCUCCCAGCUCUUCCGAUACGCCACCGUGGUGUCCUCGUCCAAGACCAGCUCCUCCGACACGGUGACCCUCCACCCGUCCUCCAGCCUGGCGCUGCUCAGCUCGGCGGCCAUGCAGGACAGCGGCGCCUUGGCCAACGUGGCGGCCGUGGUGAACCCCGUGGAACUGGUGGCCAUGGAGUCGGGCCUCACCUCCACCAUCCAAGCCGUGGAGGGCACCUCGGACGACGGGCAGACCAUCAUAGAGAUCGACCCGGCGCCGGACCCCGAGGCGGACGCGGACGAGGCGGAGGGCAAGGCGGUGAUCCUGGAGACGGAGCUGAGGACUGAGGAGAAGGUGGUGGGAGACGUGGAGGACCACCAGCACCAGGUCCAUAACGUGGAGAUUGUGGUCCUGGAGGACUAGCGGGGAAGGCGAGCGUCGGUUUGGGGAAGAGCUGGGAAUCCGUUUUCUUUUGGGCUUUUUGGUUAAGCAUCCUUACCGGCCACCCCAUUUGUUUCCAUGGAUAUUUGCAUUGUACUGUAUAUAAAAUAUAUAUAUAUAUAAUUUUUUUUUUAAAACAAACAAACAAAAAAAGCUGGAGAAACACGCGAGACCUGGAAAAGGCUCCGUCUCCGUGGAGCACUGAACAAUCCUGCCUGUCUGCAGGGCCGAGGAGAGACUGGAUCUCUGCUGAACAACCCGGCCGGGAGGAACCGGGCCGGGGCUCCCGACGCUGAGCGCGCUGCGGCCCCGCCGCGGGCAUGGUGCUUCCCCCCCGGGCCUGCCGCGGCCCGGGCGGUUUUAUUUCAGAGAGACAAUAACCAGUGGCUGGAGCUUGAUGGGACUGUGGGAAGGGGCGAUGGCUAUGGGGUGGAACAGGUACCUCAUUUGUAUUUUUAUUUUUUUUUUGCCCAGGGAAGGGAAUUCUGCUGGACUCUUCACUGUCACCGCAACUGGGAUUUUUUUUUUAAUUCUUAUUUUUGCUUUGGGGAAGAAGACAGCAACCCCGACUUCGCUGUCCGUAUUCUCCUCCUCCUCCACACCAGUUGGUUUUUAUAUCUCUAAUUUUUUUUUUUGUAUUUCUUUUGCUCUCCCUUCCCGUGUCCCCGUUUGCCAGCUGCCAAGCCCCGGACCCGCUCUCUCCCCGCAGCACUUUUCCCCCUUCCCUUUUCCCCGCCUGGCCGGGCUCGGUGCCGCAACCGCCGCCGCUUGGAGACUCCGAGAUCCCUUCAGCCUGGUGCGUA